AUGUCGACGAGGAUAAACAAAAUCAGUACCAGAGCUGCUUCAGAUGUGUCAGAUAAGAAAGCCUCUGUAAAUUUACAGUGGGUGCCUGUUGCUCCUCUAGGACCUAAAGCAGCCUUCCAUGUUGGAGGUGUAGUCAAUGAUGUACUGUACAUCCAUGGAGGGAUUCAAGAAGCAGGCUCUAACCAGCCUUCUAACCAGUUUUAUAAACUGGACUUGAAAACUACAUUUUGGGAAGAGAUUCAUACCCCAGGCAGUCCCUUUCUAAGCCAUCAUGCAGCCGUGGUUCUAGAAGAUAGGUACUUGCUACUCAUCGGUGGUUGGGACGGCAGAAAAAGAGGAUCAGAAUUACAUGUCUAUGAUUCACAAGAAGACAAGUGGUCACAGAUGAAACAAUCAGGUUUUCCGUUAGGUGCAGGAUUGAGUAACCAUACAGCUAACAAACUUUCUGAUGGUAAAAUUAUCAUUAUCGGUAGGGAUGGGAGUCUUCGUACUCAGAGAAGACAUGGGAGCAUAUAUAUUUUAUCUGGCAGUGUUGCCUCCGGACACUUUACGUACACAGAGUACAGUAAUGAAAUAAUAUCUAGAUCUGGACACACAACAAAUGUGAUUGGAAGUAAUGUUUUCAUCCUUGGUGGACGUAGUGACUCUGUCUUCGAGAAGACUUGCGGUUUUCAAGGCACAAAGACAAGGGAAUGUGGUGUUCUGACAAAACUGCUGACUUCUGUGGAGUCAAGACCCCAGACUCCACUACAACGGUUUCCUUGUGGGCGUAAAAACCAUGUAGCCAUUGGUAACGAGAAGUGCAUUUUUGUUCAUGGUGGAGAGACUUUUGAUGGCCGAAGAGAACCCACAGGAGAAAUGUUGCUGAUAGUCAUAAAGACACCGGUUUGCUUCUUUCAGCUGAGUGGUGAGCCUCUGAGGCGUGCAGGGCAUGUUUGCUUUGCUCUGUCUGACAGAAUAUUCCUUCAUGGAGGCCUCAGUGGAAAGACCAACGUUCAUGCAGAUUUGUAUGAUCUGGUAGUGAAAUCAUAA